GGAGCUCCCUCGAGCCCCUGCGCCUGCCGCCCGUUGCUAGCUAUGGCAAACGGUGGCGGCGGCGGCGGCGGCAGCAGCGGCGGCGGCGGCGGCGGCGGCGGAGGCAGCGGUCUUAGAAUGAGCAGCAAUAUCCACGCGAACCAUCUCAGCCUAGACGCGUCCUCCUCCUCCUCCUCUUCCUCCUCCUCUUCUUCUUCUUCCUCCUCCUCUUCCUCCUCGUCCUCGGUCCACGAGCCCAAGAUGGAUGCGCUCAUCAUCCCGGUGACCAUGGAGGUGCCGUGCGACAGCCGGGGCCAACGCAUGUGGUGGGCUUUCUUGGCCUCCUCCAUGGUGACUUUCUUCGGGGGCCUCUUCAUCAUCUUGCUCUGGCGGACGCUCAAGUACCUGUGGACCGUUUGCUGCCACUGCGGGGGCAAGACGAAGGAGGCCCAGAAGAUAAACAAUGGCUCCAGCCAGGCAGAUGGAACUCUCAAGCCAGUGGACGAAAAAGAGGAGGUGGUGGCAGCCGAGGUUGGCUGGAUGACAUCUGUGAAGGACUGGGCAGGGGUGAUGAUAUCUGCCCAGACACUGACUGGCAGAGUUCUGGUUGUGUUAGUCUUUGCUCUCAGCAUUGGUGCCCUUGUAAUAUACUUCAUAGACUCGUCAAACCCAAUAGAAUCCUGCCAGAAUUUCUACAAAGAUUUCACAUUACAGAUCGACAUGGCUUUCAACGUGUUCUUCCUCCUCUACUUUGGCUUGCGGUUUAUUGCAGCCAACGAUAAGCUGUGGUUCUGGCUGGAAGUGAAUUCAGUAGUAGAUUUCUUCACAGUCCCUCCCGUGUUUGUGUCUGUGUACUUAAACAGAAGUUGGCUUGGCUUGAGAUUUUUAAGAGCUCUCAGACUGAUACAGUUUUCAGAAAUUUUGCAGUUUCUGAAUAUCCUUAAAACAAGUAAUUCCAUCAAGCUGGUGAAUCUGCUCUCCAUAUUUAUCAGCACGUGGCUGACUGCAGCUGGAUUCAUCCACUUGGUGGAGAAUUCAGGAGACCCAUGGGAAAAUUUCCAAAACAACCAGGCACUUACGUACUGGGAAUGUGUCUACUUACUCAUGGUCACAAUGUCUACAGUGGGUUACGGAGAUGUUUAUGCAAAAACCACGCUUGGACGCCUCUUCAUGGUCUUCUUCAUCCUCGGGGGACUGGCCAUGUUUGCCAGCUACGUCCCUGAAAUCAUAGAGUUAAUAGGAAACCGCAAGAAAUACGGGGGCUCCUAUAGCGCGGUUAGUGGAAGAAAGCACAUUGUAGUCUGUGGACACAUUACUCUGGAGAGUGUCUCUAACUUCCUGAAGGACUUUCUGCACAAGGAUCGGGAUGAUGUCAACGUGGAGAUUGUCUUUCUUCACAACAUCUCCCCUAACCUUGAGCUUGAGGCUCUGUUCAAACGGCAUUUCACUCAGGUGGAGUUUUACCAGGGCUCUGUCCUCAAUCCACACGAUCUUGCCAGAGUCAAGAUAGAGUCAGCAGAUGCAUGUCUGAUCCUUGCCAAUAAGUACUGCGCUGACCCGGAUGCAGAAGAUGCCUCCAACAUCAUGAGAGUGAUCUCCAUAAAGAACUACCACCCGAAGAUCAGGAUCAUCACUCAGAUGCUGCAGUAUCACAACAAGGCCCAUCUGCUCAACAUCCCCAGCUGGAACUGGAAAGAGGGUGAUGACGCAAUAUGCCUUGCAGAGCUCAAGUUGGGUUUCAUAGCCCAGAGCUGUCUGGCUCAAGGCCUCUCCACAAUGCUUGCCAAUCUCUUCUCUAUGAGGUCAUUCAUAAAGAUUGAGGAAGACACAUGGCAGAAAUACUACUUGGAAGGAGUCUCCAAUGAAAUGUACACAGAAUAUCUCUCCAGUGCCUUCGUGGGUCUGUCGUUCCCUACUGUUUGUGAGCUGUGUUUUGUGAAGCUUAAGCUCCUGAUGAUAGCCAUUGAGUACAAGUCUGCCAACAGAGAGAGCCGAAUAUUAAUUAACCCUGGGAACCACCUUAAGAUCCAAGAAGGUACUUUAGGAUUUUUCAUCGCAAGUGAUGCCAAAGAAGUUAAGAGGGCAUUUUUUUACUGCAAGGCCUGUCAUGAUGACGUCACAGAUCCCAAAAGAAUUAAGAAAUGCGGCUGCAGGAGGCUUGAAGAUGAGCAGCCGCCAACACUGUCACCAAAAAAAAAACAACGUAAUGGGGGCAUGAGGAAUUCACCCAACACCUCCCCGAAGCUGAUGAGGCAUGACCCCUUGUUAAUUCCUGGAAAUGAUCAGAUUGACAACAUGGACUCCAAUGUGAAAAAGUAUGACUCCACUGGAAUGUUUCACUGGUGUGCACCCAAGGAGAUUGAGAAAGUCAUCUUGACUCGAAGUGAAGCUGCCAUGACUGUCCUGAGUGGCCAUGUCGUAGUCUGCAUCUUUGGGGAUGUCAGCUCAGCCCUGAUUGGCCUACGGAACUUGGUGAUGCCGCUUCGUGCUAGCAACUUUCACUAUCAUGAGCUCAAACACAUUGUGUUUGUGGGCUCCAUUGAGUACCUCAAGAGGGAGUGGGAAACACUACACAACUUCCCCAAAGUGUCCAUAUUGCCUGGUACGCCAUUAAGUCGGGCUGAUUUAAGGGCUGUCAACAUCAACCUCUGUGACAUGUGCGUUAUCCUGUCAGCCAAUCAGAAUAAUAUUGAUGAUACUUCGCUUCAGGACAAGGAAUGCAUCUUGGCGUCACUCAACAUCAAAUCUAUGCAGUUUGAUGACAGCAUCGGGGUCUUGCAGGCUAAUUCCCAAGGAUUCACACCUCCUGGAAUGGACAGAUCAUCACCUGACAACAGCCCAGUGCAUGGGAUGUUACGCCAGCCGUCCAUCACAACUGGGGUCAACAUUCCCAUAAUCACGGAACUCGUGAACGAUACUAAUGUUCAGUUUUUGGACCAAGAUGAUGACGAUGACCCUGACACGGAGCUGUACCUUACACAACCCUUUGCUUGUGGGACAGCAUUUGCCGUCAGCGUCCUGGACUCACUCAUGAGCGCGACAUACUUCAAUGACAAUAUCCUCACCCUAAUACGGACCCUGGUGACAGGAGGAGCCACGCCAGAGCUCGAGGCUCUAAUAGCUGAGGAGAACGCACUACGAGGGGGCUACAGCACACCACAAACACUGGCCAACAGGGACCGUUGCCGAGUGGCCCAGUUAGCCCUGUUGGAUGGGCCCUUUGCAGACUUAGGGGAUGGUGGUUGUUAUGGUGAUCUGUUCUGCAAAGCACUGAAAACAUAUAACAUGCUUUGUUUUGGAAUUUACCGGCUGAGAGAUGCCCACCUCAGCACCCCCAGCCAGUGUACAAAAAGGUACGUCAUCACCAAUCCCCCCUACGAGUUUGAGCUUGUACCGACAGACCUGAUCUUCUGCCUGAUGCAGUUUGACCACAACGCUGGCCAAUCCCGGGCCAGUCUGUCUCAUUCCUCCCACUCCUCACAGUCGUCCAGUAAGAAGAGCUCCUCCGUUCACUCCAUCCCGUCCACAGCAAAUCGGCCGAACCGGCCCAAGUCCAGGGAGUCCCGCGACAAACAGAAUGCAACAAGGAUGACUAGAAUGGGCCAAGAAAAGAAAUGGUUUACAGAUGAGCCGGAUAAUGCCUAUCCCAGAAACAUUCAAAUCAAGCCCAUGAGUACCCACAUGGCUAACCAGAUCAACCAAUAUAAAUCCACAAGCAGCCUGAUCCCUCCAAUCAGAGAAGUUGAAGAUGAAUGUUGACUCCCAGGAGACCAGAACUAUUUUUUUAAAGCCUGACAAACUUCAUAAAUGGUGACGUGACUUUUCUUCCUCUUACA